AUGGCCGCUAUCCGUGCUAAACGGUAUAAAGUUGCUGAAUAUCUAAUUGAUCAAUUAGGAAUAAAUGUUAAUCAUACGACUAAUCAUCUUGAAUUUCGUCUACAAACAAAAAUUCCUGUUCGAGAACAUAUAAUAUCAUGUCGUGAUUUAGCUUAUGAUAAAGGUAUGAUGGAUCUUGUUGAUUUAAUUGAUAUAGUCAGUGAUGAAGUAAAACCAAGUAUAAAACGAUAUUUACAACGACGUUUAAAAACGCGUCUUGAUCAAAUUCAUCAAUCAUAUGUAAAACGUAUGAAAGAACGUAAUAAUCGUUUAAUAAUUCAAUUACAAGAAAAAGAACCUAAAAUAUUAGAAGAUGAUGAACAAGAAAAAGAAAAUGAAGAACCAUUGAGUGCAAAUAUUAGUGAUGAUAUUAAUCUAUUUCCACCAGCACCUCCACCACCACCACCACCAAUUGUUCAUCGUCCAUAUAAAUCACAUAUUGAAGCAACAAUUCGAAGUUUUGAAUCGAAAAACGAUAAAUCAAUUGAUGAAUCAGGAAAAAAAUUUUUUCGAUUUUCUGGUUAUACACUUCAUUAUCGUCUUGUCGAAGUAGGAAAUGCAAAUCAACAAAAACAAGAACGAUGGCGACCAAAAACAGCAACAUUUUCUCUUCCAGUUAUUCCGCUAACUUCUACACGAACAUUACCACAACCACUGUCAAGACCAACGACAACAGCAACAACAACUAAUGUUAAUCGUCGUUCGGCUAGUGAAGUAAGCGCACGAAUACCAAUACGAGAAACACGAACAUCCAUAUGUCGAUCAGCUCGACGUAUAGCCACACCACGUAUUGCUCCUACAGUAACUUCAGAAAGUAAACCAGAAGUAACAAUUAAACCCAUAACUACGAUCAAUACUACUCAACGAUUAUUACCAAAACGAAUUCCUCAAAUCAACACAGAUUUUAGUUACAUUCCUCAACUACAAAAUGCUGUGUACAAUGAUCCACGCCGUUUCAUGCCUGUAACAUUAAAAACAACUGCUACUGGUUUACUAUCUGAUACUCGACUAAUCCGAGAUUAA